AUGACGUUUGAGCCCGCGCUCUCAGUUUUAGCAACAGGGGAACUGAGUUGAGGAAGGCGCCACGGUCCGAGUGUAGGAAGUCAGGGUGUAGGCAGACGGAGCUGGGUCGGGCGCAGGUGAUAAUUUCAAGAUGCCUGGACGUUCCAGUUCAAAUUCCGGUUCAACUGGUUUUAUAUCCUUCAGCGGCAUAGAAUCUGCUCUCUCUUCCUUAAAAAACUUCCAAGACUGCAUUAACACUGGAAUGGACACAGCGUCUAGCGUUGCUUUGGAUCUUGUGGAAACUCAGACUGAAGUGAGUAGUGAAUACAGUAUGGAUAAGGCGAUGGUUGAAUUUGUUAUGAUGGAUCGGGAACUAAACCAUUAUGUAAAGGCUGUUCAGUCUACAAUAAAUCAUGUAAAAGAAGAACGUCCAGAAAAUAUACCAGAUCUAAAAUUACUAGUGGAGAAGAAAUUUUUGGCUUUACAGCAUAAGAAUUCUGAUGCAGACUUUCAAAAUAAUGAAAAAUUUGUACAAUUUAAACAACAGCUGAAAGAACUAAAGAAGCAAUAUGGUCUUCAGGCAGACGGAGAGGCUGAUGGAUCAGAAGGCGUGGAUGAAGAUAUGAUUGUGACCCAGAGUCAGACCAACUUCAUCUGCCCCAUUACGCAGUUGGAAAUGAAGAAGCCAGUGAAAAAUAGAGUGUGUGGCCACAGCUAUGAAGAGGAAGCCAUUGUUCGAAUGAUUGAGUCCAAGCACAGACGCAAGAAAAAGGCCUGUUGCCCCAAAAUUGGCUGUAGCCGCACCGAUGUGAGAAUGUGCGACCUCAUGCAGGACGAAGCGCUUAGAAGGGCGAUUGAGAACCACAACAAGAAAAAACACCGUGAAUCCGAAUAGGAAAAAGCCACCUUCCCGCAGGGAGGCCCGCAGCCUACCUCCUACCCUGGCCACCUGUGGAGAGCGUGCUUGUCCGAGCACUUCGACCGGCUGCAGCGCAUACCUUGUUUGGGGUCAAAUUUGAAGGUUUUAAGUGUAAUUAAAAGCUUUUUUCUAUGUUACAAUAAAAAGUCAAGGAAAUUCUAUUGUUUAUUUUUAAGUAUUCUGUAACUUA